GAUAGGUAGGACCAAUUUUCAAUGCUCAUCAUAAAGCAAUACUCUCUGGGCAAGAUUGUCCAAUCCACUGUAGGUGGGUAAGAUAAUCAGCAUCAAUGUACCCUACCCUUCCAGACCAAUGCCCCAGUAUUGAAACUAUAAUCACACUCAAAGUUGAGUCUGAUGGGCUGGCCAUUUCAUUUGUCAGCUGAACAUCAUUCACAUAACAGAUACUCAACUCCAGAUGAAAUGUUCAAGUCUGAUAACAAAGCCUUUGUGAACAUAUAUAACAUUCUCAUUUUCCAAUAGGAACCCCUUCAUUCUUCUAAGCUCCACAGACCCUAAUUAUCUCACCUUUCUUGAUAGGACAAUCCUCUCAUCCCAGAGAUUAGCCUGGUGAAUUUCUUCCACAUAACCUCUAACCCCAUUUUGCCACACUACACCCACUCUAUAUAGAGAUGGAUAAGUUGAUGUACUGGUUGUUAUUGAAACCCUACUGUAUGGAGCCAAGAUUCAGACAUACUCACAAAGCUUUCCCUACUGACAAGCAUUCACUUUCCAAGCUGAAACACCAAGUGCUGUAUGACUGAGGUACCUGAGGGAUGUCGCUUUAUUACUACUCAGGAUUACUCAGCUCCGAUAGAAGUGAAAGCAAGGAAAACCAAGUACAAAAACAUAAAGGGCUUGCACUUAUAUGGCUCCUCAAAAUGUCCUCAAUCUCUUUACUUCAAUUAAAAAAAAGUACCUCAGGACUGUCACCAUUACUGUAAUGUGGGAAACGCAGCAGCAAGUUUGUAUAUUGCAAGGUUAUCACACACACAGGAACACAUUAAGUGUUUACUUUAGUGAUGCCUGUCAAGAGGUAAGUAUUGGCCAGAGCGCUGGGGAGAAGGACCUGCCGUUCUUCAAAAUAGUGAGGUUCAGUGGGGAAGGUAGAACAGGCCUGAGUCUGUUCCAAAAGAGGGUCACAACACUGUGAACCUUCGGUAUCCGAGUGGAGGUGUCAGCCUUGAUUAUGUGAUCAAAUGACCCCAGUUGUACGUUGCACUCAGAGACACGUGUGAUAUUCACCAAACAGAAAUGCAGUGCACGGGGCUGUUAUACAGUAUAAAGGCUUUGGCUUUGGCCAGCCCUGCUAAUCUGGAACAAAGGAGCCCUGAAUAGUCAACCAACACUAGCACCUGAUAGUCCCCUCUCUCUUUUUCUCUCUCUCUGGUGAGCCUGCAGUAAACUCGUUUUCUCACUUGCACAACCACAAUUAAAUUAAGGCUCAGAUAUCGUUAUUCCUUUCAAAUUUAAACAAUCCCCCAUGGAGCACUUAAAGUAUGGGUUGUGCAAAAGUGCCAUAGCAACAGGCAUACACUGAAGAGAUUGGCGUAUAAUUAACCAUGAUCAAGGAACACUGACUGACCACAGCCAGGAGGACGUUCUUCCUGGACACGCUGUGGGACACUUUGAAAGGAUUUUGCUCCGUUUCUGAGCAACAUUUCUCAAGGAACAGAUUUCAGAAAGAAACGUUUAUAGAAAUGGCUCUGAAUUAUUUGAGAAAGCUGGAAGACAUGGAGUUCUCAGAGUUCUCAUGCCUGUGUGAGCUGUGUGAUUGUGGUCAACACAAAUAUCAUCAGAAUUGCAAGAAGAAGCAGUCAAUUCAACGGCGCUCAGUAAGCACAGACUGGCUCCUAACCAACUACCAGUCGUCCUUCAGGCGACCUCUGAAUGUCCUGCCCCGAAGCAGCAAGAGGCCAUUACGCACUCCGCCGCACCCCAACCCCCCAGCCAUGCAAAGUGAAACCACACAACGCUCAGAAUUUGGGCCCAGGGUCCCGAGAGAACAGACAAAAGCUGGCAAUAGGCCUCUGCAGGAACAACUUCACUCUAAAUCUAUACACACCAAGGGAUUGACUCUAAAAGAACGUCCAGCGACAGUCCAGAAAUGUCUCAAAGGUAGCCUACCGUCGAGUCGAUCGAGUUCCAGAAGCAACACCAGCUGCAAGGGUUGGAAGUCUGAGCCUUCAGUGAGAUCUGGAGAACGUUUGACCGCAUCAGGAUGUCAAUGCCCCCCAUAUCAGAACAAUAUCCAGCAACCCACAAGAAAAGCGGAAAUUCGUGAGAAUUUCUGCAAUAUGCCAGAACGUGCAAAGCCCUUACCAGAUAACUUAAAGUUCGAAGGUGUUCAUGAUUUGAAUACCACUUACCAAGUCGAAUUUCAGCCUUUGCCCUUUGCGAGACAGAAGACAGUCAGGAAGCGAACAAAACCCAAGCCUGCUCCCAUGGACCUGCUGAGCAGCUACCGCAAAGAUUACCCUGAACACAAGCAAUCGAAGAUGUUGUCAAUAAUACCAGCGCAGGACAACUUGCAAGUUAACCGUCAUCUGCCUGCGGACUUCAACACAAUUCAGAAAAAUUCAUAUAUUGGCUGGGAUCCCACUCAAUAUCCCCGCCCUGAUCCCAUUAAAUAUAAGGAUCAGUUGAAUGUGGAAGGAGCCAUGGAGACCACCACAGUGACAAAGCUUGAGUAUAAUAUGAAACCUUCCAUUAAAAAGCAAGAAAUUCACCGCCCUACAACGCAGCAGUCUCUUGGUGGCAAAUUUGAUCCAAAAACAUCGUAUGCAAUAUCCUACAAGGAUUGGGACCCCAAGACCAGGAUACGCUACGGUGACCCUCAUGACAAACCCUUCGAGCCGCCAUCAGGGAGGAUUGAAAGUACAUCAGUCACUGGACGCGAUUUCACCCCGAAAAAUGUCUGCCAUCCACCAAACUAUUCACCUUGCCUGCGAAAGAAUACUUCUCACCACCAAAAUGCCCGCAGUUCACCGCUCCCCAUGUGCAAGCUGCAAGCCUACCUGAUUCACCAGCAUCUCAAGAACAUGAAAAUUUCCAACCGAUCUGUGCCUGUAACAUGUGUACAAUAAGACAGCAACCAGAGCUGCUAAACCAUAAUGUUGGCACAGCAAUACCAAGUAAAAGAGCACUUCAUCCCAUCAAAGUUUAUCUACAUCAUGUAUGAACCAUCUGCCUUGAGGUUCUCAUCACUAGAUAUUCAUCCCUAGCAGCAGUGCGGAAGCAAUCUCAUUAUUCAGGGAUGGUGGAUACCACAUAUUCAAGAUUUUUGUGGGAAUGUCCCUUGGACAGAUCAACUAUUACAUCUCGUGUUUUAAUAUUGGCUAAUCAAUGUACAUGUUUUGGGGAAUUUUCUUUGUAGACUCAUUUGCCUCUUAAAACCAUGUGGGUGAUCGCAGUGUGGUUAUUAUAAUCAUAGA